AUGGAUCAAGCAGCGAACUUCACCAGUGGCACGGGAGCGACGCUCGCCGCAGUCCUUCAGCAUUGGCAGCACAAGGCAGCACCUAGGAAGGCGGGAGUCGAGCCUCUGCCGGACGAGCCACAAAGAGCAUACAAAGGAACAAAGGUCGACAUCACGGAGUUGCAGCCUUCGACACCAAGAACGCCCAAUAAAACCUUCUCGGAACCCCCUUUGCGAGAGUGGCCGCAUGAACCCGUUCCCAUCACCAAUGAGCCCAUCGUCGAACGGUGUCUCGAUGCAGUCGAUAUGAUACUAUGUUUGCUUCCAUGUAUCCUCAUGGUGAAGGCAGGGCUCUGUAUUCUCGCUUCUGAGAUUGAUAAGACGCACGUGGGCGCCUCGAUCGACAAGACCAGCCAUUUGACUCUUCGCCUAAUCGAAUUCAACAGCCAGCUCACCACCAUUUUUACAAUCAUCUUCAUCGUCAUUGUUUCCACCACUGUGCGGCGGUACGCCCUGUGGAAGGCCGAAAAGGGCGCCACGCUUGGAGAGAUUGAGCAACUGCAUGCAUCCAUCAGCCUGACAGCAACCCUAAAGGCCAUCUGGUCACUGCGAAGAUUCACGUUGACCGGCGUGUCCUUGAUCUUCCUUUGGUCUUGGUACUAUGUGGGAUCUCAGGCGGCGUCGCGGGAGUACUCGUACCGUGAUUCGGUCAGCUUUAGGACUCAGUCGGUUGCAUUUCUCAGUUCGCAUGCGGUAUCUCCUUUCCAAGGCGACCGAAUCGACACCGAUAAGGUCUCGCCCGUCAAGCUGACCGACAUGACGGCGCGGUAUCACCUGUACAGCUCAUUCACAGCGGGAACCCAGAAGACCAACGUCCAAGGUGCCAGAGAGGUCCAAGGAGCAGAUAUCUACGGAGCCACUCUCACGCCGUGGUAUGGCCCUGCUCGCGACAGCUCUUCGCUCGAAUUCGACCGUCAUGGAUGGUUGGAGAUCCCACACAUGUCUGAUCAGCCCGUUAUGUCGUCAAUCGGAACAUCGUUGUAUUGGAUGAACCGGACAGCUGGGACGAAUGCCUGGACGCCGCAGAAGAUGGUCGGCUCUUUCACUUAUCAAGUGUCCAACUUUCAAGCGAAUUGCACGGCGCCGUUCCUCUCCACCAAGGUCAAGCCAAAGGGGUCACUACCCGCCGUGUCCACCACGAUGAACAUGACUGCCAUGCCGUUGGAUGCGACCAAACCCCGCGAGCUAUACUUCUGGAAUUGGGUCAAUGAUACUCACAGUCUUACCUCAACCUGCGAGAUGACCAACGUUACCGUCCAGAUCCAUGCGAUCUGCACGGCGGCGACCUGCAAGCCCACGCGGAUGAAGCACAUCAGCACAUCCCCACGCACAUUGCUCGAUUCCGACGUCUUUGCCACUCCAUAUCUGAAUAGCUUGCUUCUGGCGUGCGGUAUGCCCCAACGGGAGGGCGACUACUCGACCUUCGACGGUGACAACGGACUAGUGGACCUUAAGAAUGGCCUCAAACAAAACGAGCUCAACACUACAGCGCUCCUGGAACAGGCUAGCGCUGAAGCCCAAUUUCCUCUGUCCAUGGCCAUCACGCGAUAUAUGAACACAUACUUCACGUCGUCACAAAUGUUGCGUUACGAGAGCAGUUUCCAGGACGACCUGGCGGUCAAUGGAUUCAUUGCCCUGAACAAUAAUUCGGACUUUAGUUUCCUGAACAUGAAGGGCGCCAUCUACAACCCGCAAUACUCUCUGUCGUGGCCGUGGCUGGUCAUGGACAUCGUCUCAAACGUCGUCCUCCUCGCUACCGCCGUGGCCGCGCUGUGGCUUCGGAAGCAUACCCUAGCCCCGGACAUCUUCGGGUUCGUGAGCAGUUUGACGAGGGACAACCCGCACCUGAAUCUCCCCGAGGGAGGGAGCACACUCUCGGGCAUUGAGCGCAGCAGAAGGAUGAAGAAGGUUAGGGUAAAGAUUGCAGACGUGGGAGAGCAUUCGAGCGUCGGACGGGUUGGCCUGACACAGGUCGACGGACUAGAUGACACCAAGGACUUAGAAAAGGGCAGGACUUACUACUAA